AAGAAGCAAACAUCGGAUUCAUAAAUCAAUUGGUUGCUCCGACUUUUCUUUGAUGAUGACCGUUCUCAGUCAGUGAAAAGACAAGAAGAUUGAUACCUAAUAAUUAUCUCUAUUCUGAUCCUUUCAUUGUUCAGAAACUCAAAAAAAAUGAAAAUCUACCUAAAACCCAGAAAUAGUACCUUCUUCAUAAUCUUCAUCGCGAUUCAUCUUUCACCAUGUUUCAACGAAGGCGCCCUCGAUGCAUUUGAAGUUUGCGGUGAGAGUUACAAUUGUGGAGAAUUGGUAAACAUCAAGUAUCCCUUCUGGGGGAACAAGAAGCAGAAGUCUUGCGGGCGGCAAGAAUUCAAACUGAACUGCAGGAAAAAUCAAACCACCACAAUUUACAUAAAUUCUGUGGAAUACAACGUUCUGAAAAUCAACCAAUCGAAUAAUGGAAUGAGGAUAGCAAGAUCAGACCUAUUCGAGAAUUACUGCCCAGAAAAUGAAAUCCAAGUGGCGACUAUGGAUGCGCAUCUGUUCGCGUACGCUUCCAACAAUCAGAACAUAUCGGUGUGGUACAAUUGCUCGGGGGAAAACUACAUUCCAACUCCGAAGAGGUACAAAUUUUGGUGCAGUGGGAAAUGGGGAAAGCUUGGGAGAGCGAAUUAUGCAUUCGAAUCGUCGGCGGCGAAUCGGAACAUGGAAAAGGGAGAAUGUACAAUGAAUAUAGAAGUGAUGGUUACGAUAGAUUUGUUGAAAGAAGGUAUAAAAGGGGGGAAAAGUUUGGUGGAGAAGGCUGUGAAAUGGGGUUUCGAUGUUGAAUACGGGAAUUGGUAUAAGGAAGCUUGUAAUGAAUGCAAUGAAAGUGGAGGCAAAUGUGGAGGGAACAAGACGUAUCCAUUUUACUGCAUUUGUAAGAACGGAGUUGCUAAUCCUUACGACUGUAAAGCUGCUCUUCCUCCUCCUGCCCUUAAGAUUAAAGGAUCAAAUGAUAAUUGGAAGAAGGUUGUCAUAGGUGUUGGCUCUGGUUUUGGAGGCAUAGUGAUUACGAGUCUAAUCUUUUUCAUUAGGCUUCGUUUGAACAAAAAGAAGCAUUUUCGUGCUUCCUCCUCCAUUCUCCUUCAAAACAAUUCUCGUGAUCGUCUAAUGAAGGAACUUGAGAAAGGAGAAAAUUACAUAACUGUUCCUCUCUUCUCCUAUCAAGAACUUGUACAAGCUACAGACAAAUUUAACCCAGCCAACGAACUUGGAGACGGCAGCUUUGGCACUGUCUACUAUGGUAAACUCCGAGAUGGACGUGAGGUUGCAGUUAAACGAUUGUUUGAAAAUAACGUUAAAAAAGUUGAGCAUUUCCUAAAUGAAGUUGAGAUCCUUACCCGUUUGUGCCACCCACAUCUUGUCACUCUUUAUGGAUGCACCUCUCGACGAAGCCGUGAACUCUUGUUGGUUUAUGAGUUCGUACCAAAUGGUACAGUCGCUGAUCAUCUUCAUGGCAUCCAAGCAAGACCGGGUGAGCUUCCAUGGCUCACAAGGUUGAAGAUUGCCAUAGAGACAGCAAGUGCUCUGGCUUUUCUCCAUGCUUCUAAAACCAUCCACCGCGAUGUUAAAACCACCAACAUUCUCGUUGACAACAACUUCAACGUUAAAGUUGCCGAUUUCGGACUGUCUCGACUUUUUCCGACGCAAGCGACACAUGUUUCAACUGCUCCACAAGGAACUCCUGGCUAUAUUGAUCCAGAGUAUUAUGAAUGUUAUCAACUUACGAGUAAAAGCGACGUUUUUAGCUUUGGAGUUGUGUUGGUUGAGCUGAUAUCUUCAAAGCCAGCAGUUGACAUCACAAGGCACAGAGAUGAGAUUAACCUGUCGACGAUGGCGAUGAACAAGAUCCAAAAUGACGAAUUAGACGACUUCGUAGAUCCAUGUCUUGGAUUUAAAACAGAUAAAAGGAUCAGAGACAUGAUAUGUAGAGUAGCAGAGUUGGCAUUUCAAUGCCUGCAAAGUGUGAGGGAUACGAGACCAUCAAUGUUGGAGGCUUUAGAAAUUCUAAAGAAUAUAGAGAGUAGAAGUUGUGGGAAAGAGAAGGGACAAUCCCCAGAUUCUGUGAUUGUGCCUUGGAUUAGCAAAACUUCAACACCAAAUGGUAGUGGGUGAGUUAUUUAUUGAUGGUUUCAUGGUAAAAUAAAAUAGAUGCUAUGAUGCUAAACUUUCCAAAAGCACUUCCUUCUCUGUAGUUUCUGGAAAAACUACACCACAACUGGAAAACUGUCUUGUAAUUUCUAGAAAAACUAUAUUAAUUGUUUAUAUAUUUAUAAUAUAAGUGUUAUAUUGAUUAAUAGUUUAA